ACCAAUAUUCUCUCUUCUUUCUUUCUUACAGAUCCCCUAAAUUAACAACAAUCUGUACAUAACCCAUUUCACAAAACCCCUCAAAAUUUAUACUUUUUUUCUUUAUACCUAUACAUACAUUAUACAUUAUACAUACACACACACACACAUGUAUAUGCAAUUCUUGUAGAUUUAUCUAUCUGGGUUUUAAUCAAAAUCCAAAUUUGAUUCAUACCCAUUUCAUCAAUUGUCAUUAUUAUUACAAUGGCGCCACCACAUUGUGUUUUGGUGACCGGUGGUGCCGGUUAUAUUGGAAGUCAUACAGUCUUGCAGUUGCUUUUAGGCGGUUACAAAACGGUUGUAAUUGAUAAUCUUGAUAAUUCUUCACAAAUUGCGAUUAAUCGAGUUCAACAACUUGCUGGUGAUCAUGCUUCUAAUCUAAUCUUUCAUCAGAUUGACAUCCGGGACAAGCCUGAAUUAGAGAAGCUUUUUGCCUCCACGAAGUUUGAUGCCGUUAUACAUUUUGCUGGAUUGAAGGCUGUUGGUGAAAGUGUGAAGAAGCCAUUGAUGUAUUACGACAACAAUGUUGUGGGUACUUUAACUCUUCUGGAAGUCAUGGAGGCCCAUGGGUGCAAAAAGAUCGUGUUCUCAUCAUCAGCUACUGUUUAUGGUUGGCCAAAGGAGGUACCAUGCACAGAAGAGUUCCCCUUAUCUGCAGCCAGUCCAUAUGGAAGAACCAAGCUCAUGAUUGAAGACAUUUUCCGCGAUAUAUAUGCUUCGGAUCCCGAGUGGAAAAUGAUAAUGUUGCGGUACUUCAACCCAGUGGGUGCUCAUCCUAGUGGAUAUAUUGGUGAGGAUCCUUUGGGAACCCCAAACAAUCUUAUGCCUUUUGUUCAACAAGUAGCUGUUGGCAGGCUACCUGCACUUAAAGUAUUUGGAACUGACUACUCAACCAAAGAUGGAACAGGGGUACGGGAUUACAUCCAUGUUGUAGAUUUAGCUAAUGGGCAUAUGGCUGCAUUAAGAAAACUCUCAGAUCCAGAAAUAGGUUGCGAGGUCUACAACUUGGGAACGGGUAAAGGGACAUCUGUUUUGGAGAUGGUGGCAGCGUUUGAGAAAGCUUCAGGAAAGGAAAUUCCUCUUGUAAUAGCUGGACGACGGCCUGGUGAUGCCGAGGUCGUUUAUGCUUCCACAGCCAAAGCAGAGCGCGAAUUGAACUGGAAGGCAGAGAAUGGGAUAGAGGAAAUGUGCAGAGACCAGUGGAACUGGGCAAGUAACAACCCAUACGGCUAUCAGGACAAAUAAACAGAGGCACCAUAAGGACGGUUUAUAUUUAUAUGAGCAACAUUGUGGAAUCUUACAAAGUCAAAUUAUUCUUACUAGUAAUAGGAUUAUACGAGUAAUGUUUGCCUGGUUUCUAUAGUUGACACGUUUUGUCUUCUUGAUAGAAGGUUUGGUAGGCUAAUGACUAAGUUAAGGGAAUAAAGACAUGAUAGAUAGUCCAUAUUCUUUUUAACUCCAUUGAUACCCUUUUACAUUUUACAUGUAGUUCAGUUUCUUGUACAUGAGAUCUGGUGUUUGUGUAGCAAUUGAAGGGGCAUAUUAUAUGUUUAUUUAUAUUAAUUUAUUUGUUACAUAUAUAACAAGCUUCUACUUA